AUGGACGACAUGAGGAUGAGGUACAGAAGUGUGAUACGCACUGUCGUCCCAACUCAAGUCGGAAAUGUGAUAACUCAUCAGCUGACGGCUGGUGUAUGUGUCUGUCUGUACUUUGCGAUGCAAAUUUCUAGUUUUGGGGUGUUUAGUUUUACCCCCGAGAUCUCAGCCCCACCACUACCAUCGGACGGCUGCCUAGAGCCACCGCCAGUUCGGGUCGGGACCGGACACCACUCUAGGAUCAGCCUGCACAGUUCCCGGCUUCCCGCUGCCACCGCCGCCGCGGGCAGCCCGGCCGUCGGUCUCUUCGUCCCCGCCCCGCUUGCGAGAAGAGCGACGCGUUUCCCCUUCGAACCCUCGCCUACCGUGGGUGACGCCUUGUGGUACCGGCUGGAGAUGGUGAAGAUAGUGACGUACAACGUGAACGGGCUGCGGCCGCGGGUGGCGCAGCACGGCUCGCUCCGCCGCCUCCUCAACGCCCUCGACGCCGACAUCAUCUGCUUCCAGGAGACCAAAGUGUCAAGGCAGGACCUAUCUGCAGAUGUCAUUAUGGCUGAAGGAUAUGAGGCCUUUGUUUCAUGCAAUCGCUCUUCAAAAGGUCGUGGAGCAUACUCGGGUGUUGCAACGUUUUGCCGAGUAACAUCAUCAUUUUCCAGUCAGGAGGUUGCUUUGCCAGUAGCAGCUGAAGAAGGCUUUACUGGACUUCAGGACUAUGCAAAAAAUAGUGAAACUGUUGGGGAUUUCAUUAUUGCAAUGCCUGUCGAGGAGGAAGGUCUUGGUGAAAUCACAAGAGAGGACCUCCUAAGGGUGGACAAUGAGGGGCGGUGCAUCAUCACUGAUCAUGGGCAUUUUGUUCUUUUCAACAUAUAUGGCCCAGCUGUUGAAGAAGAUGACAAAGAGCGGGUUUGUUUUAAGCUACUGUUUUACAAGAUACUGCAGAAAAGAUGGGAACAUCUAUUGGCUCUUGGAAAGAGAGUCUUUGUUGUUGGUGAUUUGAAUAUUGCUCCUGCUUCUAUAGACAGGUGUGACGCGCCACCUGGCUUUGAGAAGCAAAUGUUCCGAGAAUGGCUGAGAUCCAUGCUGAGAGAACACGGAGGUCCCUUUUUUGAUGCUUUUAAAUCAAAACACCCUGAAAGGUGGAAAGGGGGAAGAAGUAGUAAGCUAGAAGGAUCUGAUCAUAUUCCAGUUUAUAUUUUACUGAAAGAAAUACCUGAACUUCCAGUUCAGCUGCAAGAUAUCUUCCAGAGGUCUGUGGACGGCAACAAAGUAUUGUAUCAUUCCUUGGUAAAGGGAAAAUUUAUGAGCUGCAAAAUGCUGCAAAAUAUGAUUCAGUCCGAAGAUACAGUAGUCGGUAGCUACUGUAGUGAUGGCUUGGAGAAUACAAUUAUAGCUAAGGAAGGACUGACAACUGGUAUAACUGAGUUUGCAAAAGGUCAUAACCUUCCUAGUUUGAUGUGCAAGGGGACAAAUCUUGAUCAAUGGACAAAUGAAGGUUUGAUUGGCGUCUCUCAUAGCAGCCAGAAAACUUCACUGUCUAGCGCCAAGUUUGUGCCAAAAAAGAAGAUUAAACGCAACUUAUCGUCUCAACCAACAAUCAAGUCGUUUUUUGAGCGACCAGGGUCAAAGACAGGAAAUGCCAGUACCAGUACCUUAGUUACUCCAGCAGAAACAUUAGACCUUACAAAUCAAACAUGUGUUUCAAAUGAUGAUAGUCUGCCUGAAAACAUGCAGUGCACAACGUCAGCUGCAAAAGAUCAGGAUAAUACAAAUGUAUCAUCCUGUUCACUUUCAACAGACAAGUCUAAUGCUGCAGCAUUAGAGUGGCAGAGAAUACAACAAAAGAUGAAGAUGACGCUACCAGGUUGCAAAGGGCAUAGUGAACCAUGCAUUCCGAGAUCUGUGAAGAAGGGCCCUAAUAUAGGCCGUUUGUUCUAUGUUUGUGCUCGUGCUCAAGUACACAUGUACUCACAAUUUCCUGCUUAG